AUGACGCCCAGUCCUCCUGAUGAAGCGCUUCACUUCCGCGGCAAGACUCUGACUCCGGAAAGCCCCCGUCCACUGCACAUCCCGGAGCCAGCCAACAUCCCCGUCCUGGAGAAUCAAAUGGACCCCGUCUUCAACGAUACCGCGACCUACGAUUACGGCCCGGAAACAACAGCCCCGCAGAGACAAGAUGGAUGGUCGGGUUACUCGCAGGAUGGACAUCACCGCCCGAGCCAAAACCCAGAUAGCUUGUCGGGCUCGCAGCCGAUGCACAAUGAUAUGAAUGUUUCUGCUGCGGCAGACUACUUCCCUUCCUCCGCGCCCGCGAUGGCCAGCUCGGGGGUCCCCAGUGACUCCCACGCGCCUCCGGACGUUCCGGUCCCUCAGGGCUUCGUGCCCCCCAACGAGAUAGACACCUCGCAGCAGCACCGCUUAGAUGGAAAGCAGGAGGAUCCGGGCCUGGGCGGCGUGGAUUUCCAGAACCUGCUGGACAAUCUCUCUGCCGCGCCCGCGGCCGGACCAGCUGCUGCCCCUCUAACGGCAGACUCGUCGCUCCAUCAAGCGCCACCGACGGACGAGUCCCCCCCUUCCCAGCUGCCAGUCCGUCCCCACCCCAUUCCCUCCGGUGAUGAGAGCCAUCCAUCCCAUCACUUCCCUGCCCACAACAGCACUGCUGUGUCCCACGCAACCCACCCCAGUAACCAACAACCCCUGCCCAAUGCUGGGGCGCCGGGCACUGUUCCGGGUAUCGGUGCUUUGCCUCCACCGCCGCUGGCUACCUUUCAGCAAUCCCCUCCCACGGGCGCAGACUCUGCUGCCUCGUCCCAGGAGCCGCCGUCCAAGAAGGGCCGUGGCGAUAAGCAGACCGGUCGGCCCGGCGGCAAAGUUUGGAGCCUGGACGAUGAUGCUCCCUGGGGUCCCGAGGUCCAAAAGAAAUAUGACGAGUUUCUACACGAUGAGCGGGUCUAUGUGACAGAAGGUCUCUGGGACCGAUUUCCGAUCGGAUCGCGAUUGUUUGUUGGCAAUCUCCCCACGGAAAGAGUCACCAAGAGAGACAUGUUCCAUAUCUUCCACAAAUACGGCAAAUUGGCCCAGAUCUCGAUCAAACAGGCCUACGGGUUCAUACAAUUUUUGGAAGCGAGUUCCUGCCAUUCGGCGCUCCAGGCGGAGCAGGGAGCUCUGGUGCGAGGCCGCAAGAUACACCUGGAGAUCUCCAAGCCACAGCGGUCUACCAGACCUGCCCCCGCCCCGGAAGCAUCAUCCCGUGCACCUCCACCGCGUCGAUCGAGGUCGCCCGAGUUUGUUCGAGGGGGCCCUGCCCGAACGACCCGACCCUACGAGCCAACUCGACUGCCGUUCAGCGAUUUCCGCGAUGAGCCGCCCCGCCGGCGGGACGAUUAUCGGCCUCCCCGCUCACCUUCACCUGCACCCCGGUCCUUUCGAAACAGGGAGGGCUAUCGGUCCCGAGACCGGACCCCCGAACGUAGUGACCGUCGAGACCGCAGACGCUCCCGCUCUCCUCGAUCUCCCCGGUCGCCUCGAUCCCCUCGGUCUCCCUAUGCAAGGGAUCGUCGGUAUCGCAGCCCAAGUCCGAGGCGGAGCGCUUACGAGGGUGAGGCGAGUCUGCCGGUGCCUCGACGCGCUGCGCGAGAUGUGCCAGAAGUCCAAAUUCUCGUGCUGGAGGAACUGGAUAGGAACUUCAUUCUCCAUGUCGAGAAUGCCUUCCGCAACCGUGGCCUCCGGGUGGAUGUGCUGGUCCUUGGUUCUCGAAUUCCUCUAGCGGCAGCGGUUCAUCGCCAGAUCGUGGAAGGGGUUCUGGCCGUUGUGAGAUUGGCGCGCUCCAACCAAUAUUCCCGCAAAAUCUCUCUACAAGUCUUGGAUCGAAGCGCCGGGUUGGACAACGUUCGCUUCAAUGAUUAUCCGGAGCUCGACCCCAACAUUGCUGCCGAAGUAAUGUUCCACCAGUCUCAGGCCAUGCAGCGCGGUGGUCCCCCAGUGUCAUUUGCACCUAAUCCUGCCUUUGGCGUUCCGCCCAUGCCACCCAUGGCAAUGGCUCAACCCGGCCUACCGACGCUCACCAAUCCCCCCAACAUCGCCAACCUCAUCAGCUCCCUCGACGGUCCUAGCCUGCAGUCCCUGCUCUCGGCACUUCAGCAGCAGCAGCAGCAUGCCCCAGUGUCGCAGCCUGUCUCGGCCAACCAGUCACCGUUUGCUUCUCCAAACCCUCCGCCUCCGGCCAAUCUCGCUACUCUGUUGACAAACGCAACUCGGCCACCGCCUCCUCCUAUGCCGACAAACCCGCAACAGCUACCGCUUCCCCCUCCGCCCUAUAAUCUCCAACCCCCGCCAGCCACCGGCGUCUCCGAUCCAAACCUGCUCGCGCUCCUCGCUAAAGGUCUGGGAGGACGCCCGCCGCAGGGCCAGCCAGCCGUUGGUUCCCAGGUGCAAAACAUCAUGGACCAACUGGCCAAAUGGAAGCAAUGA